CUUGGAAUGAGACCUCCGUGAAGAGGGCGGGGCACUUUGAACCUGCUGGCCUAUUGGCUGGUUUUACAUCAGGGAUAACCAAGGUCUUGGUUGGACAUGCUUUCGAUACCGUGAAGACUCGAGUGCAACUUAUACCUGACAAUAACGGCAUUAUUGACGUGUUCAAGAGCACGAUCCGGAGAGAGGGUGUAUUUGGGCUGUACAAAGGGGCGGCUUCGCCUGCUGUCGGAUGGGCGGCAAUCGACAGGUAGCUCACCAGCAAUUCCUUCAGAUCUGACGCCGGGUCUUCUCAACAUUGCCUUUCGAUAGUGUCCGUUCUUCUGGUGACCCUUCCUCGUCGGGCGCUGAUAGCAACCUAGGUGCUACUGGGCUCGCUCCACAAUUAUCGGCUGUUCUUGUUCCACAAAGGGAUGACUGAAGAGACGCCUACUGGGCCUCGGCUUACCCUCUUUUCGCACGCGGUAGCAGGUCUGUUUGCUGGGUUGACCAGUGCGCCGUUAGCGACGCCGAUCGAGCAUCUGAAAGGUGACCGAAUCUACGUUCUGGACCUUCUCUGGGCCUGAUAUCUCGCAGUCAAACUCCAGCUUCAAUUACAGAGAUCACUAGCGGAGCGCGAGUUCAAAGGGCCCAUCGACUGUGCCAGACAGAUCGUCCGAGCUCACGGUGUGCUCGGACUAUGGAGUAAGCACGAGCGGCCCGGUCGGGCGAGCUGCUGCUGAUGCUCUCGCAAGCGGGUUUCACGGGAGGAUUGUUGUUUCGAGCCAAUUUCCUGCACAUGUUUCUGGGCUUCGAAGUACGUGAUCUGUCUGGUCUUCGACGCGCUCGACGGUUGACUCGAGCGGGGGCCCCAGGUUUGCAUGCGCGGUCUGUCCUAUCUCCGUGGGACGCCCUAUGAGCUGAAUUUGGGUGUUUCCAACCUCAUCUCGGGAGGGGUGGCUUCGUUGUAUUUUUGGGCUGCGGCCAUCCCUUUCGACCGGAUAAAAAAUCAGAUGAUGUCGCACUCGAACUCUGAUUACCGCCGGCCCUCUUUCAUCUCGGUUGCACACCAAAUCCACCGUGAAGAAGGCUUGCGGGGUUUCUAUCGGGGCUUGACCCCGUGUUUCAUCCGUGCCUUUCCCUCGAAUGCGUGUGCAUUCUUUGUCUACGAAGGCAUCCUCCGAUGGCUGGCGACUGAAAAAACGCGCGGUUGAUGUCAUCGACUACUCGAUAUAGCAAAUCAUUUCCCCGAUAUAGAAAUUGCAUUACCAUAUGUUACGUGUAUAAAUAGUUAAAUAGGAUUUCCUCACUCAUUAAGAGUAGCAUCUUGAAAACGUGCUCGGAGGCAGACAGGAUGGCCAAUUCCCGCU